CGGUGAAUGAUUUUUCCCAGCAGUCUCCGCUUUGGACUAGUACGCUUCUUCUCGGUCUAACCAUGGCGUUCACGUUCGCGGCCUUCUGUUAUAUGCUGGCCUUGCUUCUCACGGCGGCGCUCAUCUUCUUUGCUAUCUGGCACAUUAUUGCUUUUGAUGAAUUGAAAACAGACUACAAAAAUCCUAUAGACCAGUGUAACACACUCAACCCUCUUGUACUCCCUGAGUAUCUGAUUCAUGCUUUCUUCUGUGUCAUGUAUCUGUGUGCUGCGGAGUGGCUAACCUUGGGUUUAAACAUGCCUCUUUUGGCUUAUCAUAUUUGGAGGUAUAUGAGUAGGCCGGUCAUGAGUGGACCAGGAUUGUAUGAUCCUACAACCAUUAUGAAUGCUGAUAUACUAGCUUACUGUCAAAAGGAAGGGUGGUGCAAAUUAGCUUUUUACCUUCUGUCAUUUUUUUACUACCUGUACGGUAUGAUCUAUGUGCUGGUGAGCUCCUAAGGAAACAGACUUAUGAAGAUCAUGGUUCCAGUUACAUGCAUGCAAAAGUUAAACACUAUAGGCGUUUGGUUUGGGAACAACCUAUUACACGUGGCAGAUCGAGUCCCUGGAUUGCAUUUGAUAAAAGGAAAAGUCUGCUUCCCAAUUUUUUAACAGCAAUGUGCAUAUAGUGUGCUGCAGGGAAGAUUUUGGAUGUUUUAUGAAGACUGGAAAAUGUUUUUAUUUAUCAAGUAAAGAGUUGGUCAGAUUUUUUUUUAAUUUUCUCCUUAAAACCCUUUAUUUGCAGCUUAUAUAUCACAAUAUAACCUUCCUUUAUAUAAUGACCCCCUGUUCAGUUAAUUUUAUAGUUAUGCUGUUGACAUAAUACCAAAUAGCCAUAGACUGGCCACAGAUACACACAUGCUUUCAAAUUCUUGGUUGCAUUGUAAACCUUUCUACUACAGGCUGAAUAGCUAUUUGCCCUGUUAAAUAUUUUGCACUCCAUUAAAGAAUCUGAUGUUCAUAAUUUGUUUUGACCCAUUCAUAAUUGGCAGCAAUUUGUGAUUACCUGUUUAAACUCAUAUUACCUUCAGGAGUUAUCAUAAAAUCACUUGCAUAUGUAAAUGCAUUUCAUAUGCUUAUUUAAAAUCCUGCAUAUGAUAAUUAAUUUAGUAGUAUCAUACAGGCUUUUAUGUAUGUCGUCAUUGGAAUCUGAGGGGGGGGGGGAUGGGUUCUGCAGGAUUUUCAUCCCUGGCCUUGGGUGUCACAGUCCAGUGUUAACCAGUGCCUCAGUAAGUGACCUUUCACAAGGCUGUGGGCUCUGGCAUUCCUUGAUAUUGCUGCUGGUUGAUUCCUGAAGAUAAAUUGGUUUGUUUUAAAAGUUUUCCUUUUGCACUACUUCCUCUGACGAUAUUCAUCACUUCCAAGAAAUAUUUUUAAUUGGAAAGGGCAAUAAAAUUGUUAAAUAAAAUACAAUGCUUUGACUUGUGCUUAUCUGUAUGGUUUAAAUUGUACCUCAGUGCCUUUUAUGGCUGUGUUUUCCAUCUCUUAUUGGAUAACCCCUUUUCACUGUAUAUAAAAUGUUACCUAUUCUUGCCUCAGA